GUGUUAGGGUCCCCGGGCGCCAGUUCCAGGUUGCGGCAAGGAUUGGAGGCGAGGAGUGCUCGUGAGCGGCUGCCCGGAUUGGCGGGACCCGGGGGGGCGGGGCCGCGCAUGCACAUAAAGGCGGCGCCGGGGAGAGGCGGCAGUGUCAAGAUGUCGACGGUGUCGGUUCCGGAGCUGAAGCAGAUCAGCCGGGAAGACGCGAUGCGCCUGGGACCGGGCUGGAGCCACUCGUGCCACGCCAUACUGUACGCCGCCAACCCCGGGCAGCUCUUCGGCCGCAUCCCGAUGCGCUUCUCACUGUUGAUGCAGAUGCGCUUCGACGGGCUGCUGGGCUUCCCCGGGGGCUUCGUGGACCGGCGUUUCUGGUCGCUGGAGGACGGACUGAACCGGGUGCUGGGCCUGGGCCUGGGCCGCCUGCGCCUCACCGAGGCCGACUACCUGAGCUCGCACCUGACGGAGGGCCCGCACCGCGAGGUGGCUCACCUGUACGCUCGGCAGCUCACGCUGGAGCAGCUGCACGCGGUGGAGAUCAGUGCGGUGCACUCGCGAGACCACGGCUUGGAGGUGCUGGGCCUUGUGCGUGUCCCCCUCUACACCCAGAAGGAUCGAGUCGGAGGCUUUCCCAACUUCCUGAGCAACGCCUUCGUCAGCACCGCCAAGUGCCAGCUCCUCUUUGCCCUCAAGGAAUCGAACUCAGGACCUUGCUCUUGCCAGGCAGGCGCUUAUGCUGCUGAGCUAUAUCCCUGGCCCAACACACUAUUCUUAAGGAGCUGGACAAGUUGAUAUUCAAGUUCAUAAAGAAAAAUAAAUAAGCAACUGCUGGGGAAAUAUUGAAAACUGUAAAAGGAUCAGCACUAUUCAAUGGUAACAUCUACGAAAAAGAAAAGCCUUUGAUCAGCAAGGUUUUGGUGCAGAAAGACCGGGAAAAGACCUAAGUGAAAUGGAAACUCAAGUGUACAAUAAAGAUGGUGCCUUCAGUCCUUCGGUCCCAGGUCGAAGAUGUACUUUACAUAGAUGAUGCGGGGACAAAUGUUUAACUACCUGGAAAAAGAUAAAAUUCGAUCCAUACUUCAUAUCACAUUUUAAAAAGAGUAGAAGUCAGCGAUCUAAAUAUAAAAACUGAAAUCAUACAAGUACUUGAAAAAAACGGGAUAAUUCUUGCACAAUCAGAGCCUAGGAAAAGAUCUUCUAUGAUUCAAAAACCAGGGCCAAUAAAGAUAAAUACAUUUGGCUAUCUAAAAUUAAAGCAUAGUGCACUAAACACCACAGGCAAAGCCAAAAAGUAUGAACUAUGCCAGGAGUGGUAAUAGAGAUCUAUAAUCCCUGCACUCCGGAGGCCGAGUCAGGAGGCUCAUGAGUUCAAGCACAGCCUAACCAGAAGAGACGCCUGUGACACUUCCCUCCCAUACCCCGUCCUGGGGCUGCCUGGGCACACUUCCAGGGUGGUAAGGACUAGUCUCCAGGGCAAGCGUCUGACUGUCUCAGGGGCCUCAGUCUCAACUACACGAUGGAGCUGGUGAGGGGAGGAAGGGAAGGUCUCCCAGUGGGCACCCAGAGGCGAACAGUGGCCACCUGGGAGGGCGGCCAUCUUUCUUCCUGGAUGCACCUAGUGCUCAGGACAACCCGACUCCACCAGAGGGAAUGGCAG